GUCUCUUCUCGCUCGCACACGGGAAGACGCCGCGCGACUCAAGCUGCUGACCUCAUGGCGACCUCCUCAUCCUCCUUCUUCACACCCUCCACCUCCUCCACCUCCUCAUCCUUCGAGGCGCCGCUGCCUCUGAUCGUGACGGACAGAGAUGGCAAAUUCGUGCUGGUGCCCGAGACGGCAGCGGCGGUGUCGCGCCUCGUCACGGGGCCCGUGGUGGUGGUGGCCGUGGUCGGGAGGUACCGCACGGGGAAGUCGUUCCUCAUGAACCGCCUCGCGGGGACCAACUCCGGCUUCUCCCUGGGCUGCACGGUGCAGUCUCACACCAAGGGGAUCUGGGUCUGGCCGAGACCCCAUCCACUGUCCAAGGACAAGUGGCUGCUGCUGCUCGACACCGAGGGUCUGGGAGAUGUGGAGUCGGCCGGAAGCACGCACGACACGUGGCUCUUCGUGAUGGCCGUGCUGCUGAGCACGACGCUGGUCUACAACGUCGUGGGCACGCUCGACAAGGAAGGCCUCGAGCAGCUGCACUUCGUGGUGAACAUGACGGACCACGUGAGGACGCGGGUGAAACAGGACGAGGACGAGCUCGGCUCGGACUUCGAGCACUACUUCCCCCCGCUGGUGAUCUGCGUGCGCGACUUCACGCUGAAGCUGCUCGUCGACGGAGAGCCGUGCUCGGCCGACGAGUACAUGGAGCACUGCCUGCAGAUGCGCAAGGCGGGGAUGACGCCGGACUGCCGACGGUUCAACGAGCAGAGGCAGCUCCUGUGCGGUUACUUCAAGGAUCGGAAGUGCUUCGUGUUUCCAAUGCCGACGCACCGGGAGGACCUGGAGUUCCUCGAGGGCCUCCCGGACGGGAGCCUCGACCCGGAGUUCCUGACGACCGCGGAGGAGUUCGCGGGCCACGUGCUGGGACGAGCCACCAGCAAGCACAUCGAUGGCGCCAUCCUCACCGGCAAAUCCUUCGUGCAGCUGGCGGAGCAGUACGUGACGGCGCAGCGCAACGGCGCCGUGCCCUGCAUCGAGAGCGCCCUGGAGCGGGUGACCACGCUCACCAACCUGCAGGCAAAGGAGGAGGCGCUGGCGCUCUACCGCCAGAGGACGGCCGUCGCCGUGACGGUGGACGAGCUGACGCCGCUCCCCACAACGGAGGAGCUCGGCCACCUGCACCAACGGGGCGUGCGGGACGCCGUGGAAUUGUUCCACGAGCGCUCGAUGCUCGACAGGCAGCACAGCCACGAGAAAGAGCUCAUGGACGCCCUGGCCAAAGAGUACCUGAAGUUGGUCAAAGACAACGCGGAGGCCUCGGCGCUGCGGUGCGAGCGGCGCCUGCAGGAACUCUACGGGCCCAUCAGGGCGAAGCUGCAGGAGGACGAGGCCUUCGAGAAGGAAGGGGUCUUCCGGGAGUACGAGAGGCUGAUGGAGCUGCUGCAGGCGGACUACCGCGACACCCAAGGCCUGGGGGACGAGAAGGAGAGCGUCCUCGUGGACUUCAUGAAGAGCAAGGAGGAAGGGAGGUCCCACCUGCUGCUGCUGGACAAAGCCAUCUCCCAGGCGGAGAGGGCGAGGCUCGAGCGGGAGAGCUUGGAGAAGCAGCUGGAGAUUGAGAAGCGAGCGCUGGAGCAGAAGAAGACUCAGCAGCAAGCGCAGAUGCAGGCGCUGCGGGAGCAGAUGGAGGAAAACAAUCGAGCAUUCGACGAAAAGAUCAAGAGCAUCCAGGAGCAAGUUACAGUGCAGAGCGACGUGAUGGAAAAUCAUAAUUCCCAGCUGGAAAACGUAUUGCAGGCGGUGAUUCCUAUUGUCAUGCAAGUUGCCGGCUUUUUCUUGAGGUGUAGGUUCAUGCGCAGGUAAUAGAGAACAAAGCUCUUCCCAAAUGCGACGGGGUUUCUCGUGUAUUUUGGGAGGCAGUCGAAGGCUUUUAAAUUCUUCUUAUUGCUUCUCUCGAGAGAAAUUUCACAGUUGUACUUUGUGAGAUGAGUUAUACUCUCUGUAGCGUGCCAGUGACUUCGUGUUAAUCGGGUGUUAACGAAAGUCAUAUUUUUGGUGUGAACUCCAGAAAAUACUAAAUGGUUUAAUGUGUGAUGAUAUCAUUGGGACACAUUACUGCAGACGUGGCAAGAUCGGAAAUCGCUGCAAUCCUCAAAAACGCUAAUACACUUAUUAGCAACAUCAGUAAGGAUGAGCGCUUUGAGCUUUCUCAGCCGACAAGGGCAAUGCCACCGUUACCAUGGACAAAACCACAUACAAUAACAAAAUUGAGGACCUAAUUAAUGAUGGUAGCUAUACCAAAAUUAAAAGAGAUCCCACCAACCGCCUCGUUACAAAAACCAACAAUAUCAUCACUGAUUCGACAUCUUUGAUCGAACCAACCAAGCGGUUUUCCUUAAAACCCUCUGCUGCUAGACCACCCAGAUUGUAUGGCUUACCAAAAAUCCAUAAAGAAGGGACACCCCUUCAUCCUAUCAUCUCCACCAUUGACUCACCCACCUACAAACUGGCCCGAUUUCUGUCUGAGACCUUACAACCAUUCACUGGUAAGACCACCUCAGCUGUACUCAACUCAGCUCACUUGGUGUCAUUAAUUAAGGACAUCUCACUAUCUCCAGGUGAUUUGCUCAUUAGUUUUGAUGUGGUCUCUUUGUUUACCAAAGUUUCUGUGCUUGAUACCAUUGCAAUCAUUGAAGAUUUGGUUAAACAAGGACUGAAUGCUGAUGUACCGGCCCUGGUGAGACACUGCCUCACCAACACUUACUUCACCUGGAAUGGAACAUUCUACAAACAAGUUGAAGGUACCCCAAUGGGUUCUCCCUUAUAUCCAGUUGUAGCCAAUGUUUUCAUGGGAAAAUUUGAGACAGAUGCCAUCCAGGCAUCCACUCUGCAUCCGUCCUUGUGGAAGAGGUACGUAGAUGGCACGUUCGUCAUCUGGCCGCAUGGUCGACCAGCUCUAAACCAAUUCCUCAACCACAUCAAUUCCAUACACCCAGCCAUCAAAUUCACCAUGGAGGUGGAAAAGGAUGGCAAGUUACCAUUCUUGGAUGUUUUAAUCAAAAAUAGACCAGAUGGCUCAAUGGGACAUUCUUUCUACAGAAAAGCCACCCAUACAGAUUCCUACCUAAAUCCUGACUCCCACCACCAUCCAUCUCAGAAGAAUUCCCUCAUCAAAACUCUACACCAUAGAGCUCAAUGUAUUUCAGACCGUCAUCACCUAGCCAGUGAACUGGAACAUGUACACCAAGCUCUCAAGAUGAAUGGAUAUUCAGACUACACAAUCCGUAAAGCUAUCACCCCAACCGUUGGGAAAAAAACAUCUGAGGACCCAAUCAAAGCCAUCACCUUACCAUACAUAGCAUGGGUCACUAAAAAUAUUUCCAAAAUCAUGAGCAAACACAAGAUCCAGGUUCGAUUUAACACAGUACAUAAAAUUCGUGAUCUGAUCCUAUCUGUGAAGGAUGUGAUCCCUGACAAGCAAUACCCUGGCGUCUACAAACUAAACUGUGUCGGCGGCAGUAUUUACAUUGGGUAAACUAAGAGACAUGUCUCGGACCGUGUUCGCGAACAUAAGGCAGAUCUGAAACACGGUAGGACUAAUACCUCGGCUUUGGCUAAUCAUUGUUUUAAUGCGGUGGGCUCACACGAAAUUGAUUUCUCUAUGACGAAGGUACUUUGCAAGCCCACUGGCUAUCAACAAAGAUUCGUUCAUUAAGCCAUCCAUAUAUUUAGACACAGACAAACUGAGCAAUCAUUAGAAGGACGUUAUCAACCAGUUUAAGUCAUAAUUGGCUAUGAUGUUCCCAUCCUACCACCUUCCGAUGUUAGUUGUGCUUUACGCCCAUUUCAAACUUGCACUUUCCCAGCCACUUUGCACGCCGACCCCUUGGUUGCGGCUCUGCGAUCUCCCAUUAACAUGCUAAUCUCUCAUUAACAUGCUAAUUUUAACUUUUGAUUGGUGGAAAACCAACCACCGUUGGGUUGGCUGUCCACUAUUUACAUUAUCAUUAUCUUCUGACAUUUGGGCUACAAGAGACGUGUGAAAACGGCCCCAUCGUGCUGCUAUCAAACCCCAAUGGUUUCAAAUGCUGUGCCGGCCCUCACACUGACGAUGUCUUAUCGGCGGAAUUGACCCCCCUCUGAAAAUGAGUGAAGAACGCCGUCUUAAAACGACACCAAAACCAGUUGCCACCACGGGGCGCGACGCUGCACUGGCGCACGCGGCGCGGAAAAUGAGCGCAAACUUUAUUACAGCUCAAGUUUGAUCGCUUAACCAGAUGGCGAAAACUACGGCUAAACCUUUAAUUCGCAAAAAACUUAACGCAACACAUUCUACCGACCCGUCAACCCAGAGGAGAGAGGGGCACACGUCGUGACUCCAACCAACACUGCCCAUUGACCGUGCCGGAUUUAGGCAUCGGUUAAGUAAGCUAGAGGACCCAUGGGACGGCCACCAGAAUAACAAGAAGUGGCAUUUUUUUCGAAGUCGGUAAAAAAAUAAUCGUUAUUUCCAGAGCAGCAAUCCAUGUGGGUACGGGACGGUGGUCUUUCAUAAAUAAUGUCACGGAGAAGUUCCUUAAAGAGCCGCGAUGCGGCUCCGGAACCGCAGGUCGCUGACCCCUGGCUGAGGCCCUCGCAUUAGGAGGGGCCUCUAAGUACCAAACAAAAAAAAUGACACGAAGUUUAAAGGUUUAUAUAAUCGGUUGUAUAUUGGCCUAUGUGUAUGUACAUAUAUAUCAUAAUAAAUAUAAAACUUGA